CGCAGCCCCGCAGCCCCGACCAGAGAUCCCGCAGGAGUCCCCAGCUGGUCUCCCUCUAGGCCUUCCACUUCCUACCCCUCCCCCAGUAUCCGGACCUGUGGCGGCAGGGGGAGGGAGGGAGUGCAGGUGGGAAGGAGGCGGUCCGUACAGAGAAGGGGCGGGGCUCAGGGCCUCAGAUCCUCCGAUCCUGGGGGACCCCUGCCAGCCCAGACAGCCUCCGUGCCCUGGGCACCCGGACGGCAGGCCCUCCCCCGGGAUGCAGCCGCCGGCGCCUGGGCCCCUGGCCCUGCUGGACACAACAGAAGGGUUUGCAAGGAGAAAAAAGGACGCCCUUUGGUUUGUGGGGUCUCUGCUUGUGGUCUCUGCCGCCAUUCUGACCGUCGGCCUCGCCGCCACCACCAGGACGGAGAACGUGACCGUGGGGGGCUACUACCCAGGGAUCAUCCUCGGCUUCGGAGCUUUCUUAGGAAUUACUGGCCUCAACCUGGUGGAGAAUAGAAAGCAAAUGCUGGUCGCGGCCAUCGUGUUCGUCAGCUUCGGCGUGGUGGCGGCCUUCUGCUGCGCCCUCGUGGACGGCGUGUUCGCGGCCCGGCACAUAGGAAGCGUCUCCCAGACUAACGAGCCUUCUUCAGAACAUCAUCCUGUUGCAAAGAAGGAGCCCAGGCCCCUCACCGCGGGAAGAUGCCAGUUCUUUGCCAGCGAGAUGGGGUACAUGCCCGACGCCCACCAGACGGAGGUCACCUGUCACUCCUCGAGCGGCGUGUGCCCCCUGAAGGUGAAGAGCAGCUCGUGCUACUGCUGCGAGCUCUAUAGGUGCCAGAGCACAGAGCACCCUCCCAUCUACUACGAGUUCGUGGGCGUGCGCUCCUGCCGGGACGCGCUGCACCUGUACCGGCUGCUCUGGGCCUCCGCGGUGCUGAACGUGCUGGGUGCGCUCCUGGGUGUCCUCACGGCAGCUGUCCUGGGAGCCUUCAAGGACAUGGUCCCCCUGUCCCAGCUGGCUUACGGCCCCUCUGCUCCACCUCAGACCCUCUACGACCCUGCCCAGCAGAUCCUGGCCUACGCGGGCUUCUGCCCGGCACCUGUGGCCCUCCCCACCUGCUCGACCUACCCUCUGCCUCUCCAGCUCUGCGGCCACUUUCCUGCCUCGACUCCCAGGGACGCCCCUGUGUCCGAGGACGCGCAGCCUCCCAAUGCCCCGCCUCUCCGAGUGCCAGCCUGCUUCCUCCCGGGGGUGAAGCCUCCGCCUGCGCUCCCUGACACAUGGGGGUAGAUGGAAAAUUAACUUAGUUUCGGUUUCUUAAAAAACAAAGCAGCCUCUGCAAACCCUUCUUCUGUGGCCAAGAGACGUUAGGGGAAUGUUCUGAGGUUUGCGCCUCUUUCCCUCCUGGGCACAUAUGUGGGCAGAGAGGCGAAGACCAGCGGUGGGACAGAGCCCCAGGCGCCCAAGGCCCCAGGCAGCACCUCUGCUCGGCUGCCUCGCCCAGAGCAGACGCCAGACCCUGAACAGAUCCAGCGCUCCUGGCCGGAGCCCCUCGGUCUGCCGUCACUUCCUGAACAAAAGUCAUUCUCUCGCCAUCUCCCGCGCGAGCCUGUUCUUACUAUUCUGCAAGGGGAAUAUGGCCCCGUGUGCCCCCUGCAAGGGUCAUGUUUUAAGGAGAGGUGCUGUAUGUGUACAUACGUACACCCGUGACCCCAGGACGCGCAGCCCUGCUCAGUGGCCUCUCUCGGCGGCUACUUGCUGGGGAUGAAGCGAUGCUUUGGCUCAGACAUCAGACGCUGCUCGUGAGGUGCGUGCGUUCCCCGAGGUCUGCCUCCUUCCUAACCUGCCGUCACACCUGCAAAAACACUUGCUACCUGAGGCUGCGGGCUUCCUAUCCAGGGCUGCCGGCGGCCGUCUCUCACGGGUGGUUCUAGAGGUGGCCCGGUCUGUUUCGCAGGGAGCUCCAUAGGCCCCCCCCGCCGCAGGGCAGAUCGCUAGACCCCGUCUCUCUGCUGCAAGUGGGUGGCUUCUGAGGAUUCAGCUAGAGCCUGGGGGGCAGCUCGGCCUCCCGCAGACCCACCGCCACUGACCCAGGCACACCUGGAGCCCCGGGUGGGCACCUACCUGGGCAGUGAUCAGUCCUGGUUGAGUGACAGGCCAGAGUCCUAAACUAGUCCCGGAUCAUGGUUGGGGGUAGAGAUAAGAUGGGGUGGGGGUGGGGGGCGGGGAGGCGAAGAGAAGAAGGCAGGCAAGCAGACUCAGCCUCCUGCUCCCUCUGCUGGCGCGGACGCAGGUCCAACAGGCCCCGCUCUCGGGCGCUGGAAGGCCUCAGUUUUCUGGGCACCACGAACGCUCUCUCUGCAGAGGGUGAGCGCGUUCCCCUGUGGGGGCCGUCGCUGGAAUACAGGACACAGGAGGCCGCGGGUCCAGCUAACCGACCCCAGGAAGGCCCUUUGUCACACCCGAGAAAGCCACUGGUCUAGCAGAUGCCUUCCGUCCCGGCAGGGGCGUCGAGCUGAAUUCACACUCUGAGCCCAGACGGUCUGGCCUCCCGGCCCGGGCCCGCGCGUGGCUUCCUCUCCACAGACUCCAGGUUUGCAGCCGGGAAGCAACGGCACGUUUGUCCGGAGGAAAUCCCUCCUAUCGUACAGGGCUGCCAACAGGGGACAUGGAGGCCUCUGAGGAGGCUGCGCUGGGGUGAGGGGCCUGGGGCACCUCCGUGUGCGGCUCCCGCUUCAGGGACCCCACAACCCCCUCAGGGGCCUGGAGCUAAGGAACCAGCACAGCGUGACUGAGGCCGGUGGUCCUGCCAAGCUGAGGGGCUGCUGAGCUCGCUGUCCUGUGGGGUCUGGACGGGGAAGAGGGGCCAGCUCUGGGGCCUCUAGGCUAUGCCCCAGACCCCCGCCGGCCCGCAGGGAGCAACCUGCUUCCUCCCAGGCUUGGGGCUGCCCCUCACAGGGCCCAGUCUGAUGGAGAGCUGCUGACAGCAGUGCAGCCGGUGCUGGGAACCGCACCACCGAUCGCUGAAGGCAGCCAGAUGCCAAGACACGGGGACAGCUUUGACCUCGGCACCCACCCCAGGGUCAGAGGCACAUAGCAGUGUCCGUGUUUCCCAAGACUGUUGACACCAAUGUCACCCAAAGGCACUUCUAUCUGCCCUGGGAGCCCAGAACUGAUAAAGAUAUUAGACUCCCAGGCCAACAAUUCUGCUCUUGGCCACAAGAAUGUCCUUAUCUUCUGUCCCAGCCACAAAGAAUGCCAACAAUUCAACUCCCUCCUGGUGACAGCUCCGGCCCCUUGCAGUCCCCAGGACAGCUCCCCCACCCCUGGCAUGUGGUGCCUGUUCACGCCAGGCCCACAGUGUGUUGUGGGUACUAUUCCCUGAGGGAAAAAAGUCUCUGCCAAAGCCUUUGCCGUCACAGUGAUAGUCACUGGCCAGUCUGUGCCUGAGUGUCGGUGCGUCGAGGGUCCUGGCCUGGCAGCUCUGAUGGGCACCAUGAUGAGUGGGUCUCGGUGGGGCCUCUCCCUGAGCCCCGUCCUUGGCGGAGCUACCCCCCUCUUUCCCGACCACUGACUGGGGUUGGCACUCAGGGGACCCGGACCGGGGGCUGCUCACGGGUGCGGGGCUCCCUGUUGGGGGGCGGGAAAUGUUCCAGCACGGGACCGUAGUUGUGGCCGCACAGCGUCAUUAUGUGUAACACCCACUGAACUGUACGUUGUUAAAGGGUGAAUGUUAUGGUUUGUGACUUGUACCUCAGUGAAAAGAGGGCAGGAGGCCGUAUCAGCGUGUGUGAAGCCGGACCAGUAGAGCACGUGUCCAGUGGACAAGAAGACAGUCAUCAUUGCCACGAAGCCGGACCCCUCACUGAGCAGAGAAGCCCUCGGAACCUUCGGGGAAACGUCGUCUGACCUACAGGAAGAAGAAAAUGUCGAGGUGGCAACAGCCCUUACGCAGCUCGUGGCUUCGUGGGUGGCAACAGUUAGAAAUGCGCGUCUUUCCAUUCUUCGUGUUUGAAGGUGAUUUAAUGAUGAAGACGAAUACAUACACACGCAGAAAGAACGCGUAGAACGAGGCACAAGGCGGUGUGACUGGCAGAGAGGCAAAGACAAGCGCGGCCGGGACGAGGCGCCCUCCCUGCCCUGCCCAGCGCAGGGUUUGUGCGGACGUGUUCUCACCUCCUUCCGGUCAGUACCGGAGAGCGUGGUUGCUGGGUCGGACGGCAGGCGUGGGUUUGGCAGAUAGCCUUCCAGGCGGCCACGCUGUCCUGCACUGCCUGUGGCGUGAGGGCCUGGCUGCCAGAGGGCCAGCACUCGGGCUGGGCGUGACCCAGACCAUGGCCGCCCUGGUAGGAGGGCAGCCGUGUCUCAUUGUCACUUUCGUUUGUCAUUCUGUGGGGACGGUGCUGAGGAACCCCGCUCAGGUGCUUACUAGCCAGCUGGGCCCCUGCUUUGGGAACGUUGUCUGUUCAGGUCUUUUGCCCAUUUUUAUUUGGGUUGCUUGUUUUCUUGUUGAGUUUCAAGAGCUCUUCGUAUAUUUUGGGUACCA